AUGCCUAACAUAGCUGAAGAGAAAGAUUGCGAAGACAGGAUUAGUGCUUUACCCGAAGAUUUGCUUGUGAAAAUAUUGUUGCUUCUUCCGGUUAAAGAUGCAGUAGCCACAACGGUUUUGUCAAAACCAUGGCGUUAUAUAUGGACGUUAAUGCCAAAACUCGUUUGCAAGGAUACCAAGCAUACAAACAAUAGAAGCUUCUGGUGGUUUCUUGAACACUACUCAUUACAACUCCACAAGGCUCCUAGACUACUGGAACACCUAGAAGUUAAACUAGGUUCAAGAUGUCCCGAUGACGCAGAUGUCGGAAACUUGAUUUUAAAUGCUGUCGAACGCUACAUUCGAGUGCUAGACUUCAAUAUGAAGUGGUUAGGAAAGCAUAUAAGCUUGCCUAAUGAACUUUACACUUGUAAAACGCUUAAGAAAUUGAUUCUCUCAAACAAGAUUCUCAUAGAGAAUCUUCCAGAAGUUUUCCUCCCGUCGCUUACAAAGCUAGGUCUUUACGAUGUGGUGUAUAAAGACGAGGAUUCACUUGUUAAGCUUUUAUCAGGUUGUCCUGUUCUCAAGGCUUUGGGUGUGCGCCGAGCUAAGAAUGACAAUGUGAUUGAGUUCAGUGUGAAAGUGCCGUCUUUACAUAGAUUAAAUUAUGUUAAUCAAAAUCAGGAUGAUGAAGUAUGUGGUAGUGGUAGUGGAUCUUUGAUUAUAGAUUCCCCGCAGUUGAAGUUUCUUAACGUCAUUGAUUAUGCUGAAGACGUUUGCUUGAUAGAGGGCAAGAUUCCUAGCCUUAUUGAGGCCAUAGUAGACGUUGGAACUUGCCAUAAUGAAAAAUUAUUGACAUGUCUUUCUUCUGUCAUGUUUCUCAAUUUGAGUUGGAUAGAUGAAACGGAAAUAUUUUGUAGUGGCGUCAACUACUCUCAACUGAUAGAGUGUAAGCUAACUCCAUGGGCAGAAUAUUGGGCGGAAUCAAUUAUGUUGUUGCUUGACAACGCUCCUAAACUUAAAGUUCUUAUGAUCAACACUAGGAAGAUAGAGGAAUUUGAUGAUCUUCCUCCUUGGAGUUGGAGUCAUGUUCCAAAGUGCAUGUCGUCUCAACUAGAGAUUUUGGAAUGGGUAAAUUAUGGAGGGACAAGAGACGAGAAGAAUCUCUUGGCGUAUAUACUUGCAAAUUCCAAGUGUUUGAAGAGAGCAGGAAUCUGCAUGAAAUAUAGCGAUGACUGCAGUGAUGAAACGAAAUGGGAGUUGAAGCAGGAGUUAAAAUCCAUGCCUAGGGCUUCAGUAUCUUCUCAACUUUUGUUUCGUGUUAAAUUUAGAUGGAGAUCACUGCCACAACAUCCUCUUUUUGACUGGUUACGUUCGCUUAUGUUUUGA